UCAUAAUCGGGCAUUGGCAUUUUGUUCCAGUCAUUCAUAUUUUUGCGAGGCGAGAGCAGCUCCUCCUCUUGUACCGAUUGGAAAGUAUGGAUCCACCAUCAAAACUGCACCUAAAAGAGUACAAAGAUGUUACAUUAAGUCACAGCUACACAACUCAAAAUAAAACCCUAAACCACACACAGCGGAAGCAUCAGCAACAGAAGUAGACACAGGAUCAGCAGCCGCAACAAGAACAAAAACAACAGAUGCAGAAGCAACUCCAACUCCAACAACAGAUGCAGCAGCAACAACAUCAUCAGCGUCCGCAUCAGUGCACCAGUUCCAUUUGAGGUAUGGAUCGUUCGGCCCUACUUGCACACUGUCGUUAAAGCCAGACAGACCUCAGCUAUGGGGUGGAGCAGUAUCAGCACCAAGUUCCGCUGGUCCUCCCAAAAACGCUCCGGAACCCAUGUGCUGCGCUGGCUUCACUGCAGCUGUGGCCAGGCCAUCGACACCAUUCUAGCCGAUGAGAUGGGCCUCGGCAAGACCAUUCAGACUGUGGCCUUUCUCUACUCGCUGUACAAGGAGGGUCACUGCCGUGGGCCGUUUCUGAGCUUCCAGGAGGGAGCCAUACGUGGCAGCAAGGUCUCCCGUCUGCGCACCACCCAGUACAAGUUCAACGUGCUGCUGACCAGCUACGAGCUGAUAUCCAUGGAUGCCGCUUGCCUGGGCAGCAUCGUUUGGGCUUUCCUGAACCUGCUGUCCUGCUGAACCAUCCACAAUGCCGAAACUG